AAGUAUGAAAGUAGUGGAGUAGCUCACGUCGACAGCUGCUUUGGGUAGUUGCCCCUGAAGAAAAAAAUGGCUACCUUAGAAAGGGUGAAGGUGCUUGUGUUGGGUGAUUCAGGUGUGGGGAAAUCAUCACUUGUUCACCUAUUAUGUCACAAUCAGAUGCUGGGAAAUCCAUCUUGGACUGUGGGCUGCUCUGUUGAUGUCCGUAUUCAUGACUACAAAGAAGGAACUCCAGAGGAGAAGAUUUAUUUCAUUGAAUUAUGGGAUAUUGGUGGCUCCGUAGGCAGUGCUAGUAGUGUGAAAAGCACACGUCUUAUGUUCUACAAUUCAGUUAAUGGCAUAAUUUUAGUGCAUGAUUUAACCAACAAAAAGUCUUCCCAAAACUUGUAUCGAUGGUCUUUGGAAGCUCUCAACAGAGAUGUAACUCCAUCUAGCGUCCUGGUGACAAAUGGAGACUAUGACCGGGAACAGUUUGCUGAUAACCAGAUUCCACUGCUUGUCAUAGGAACAAAAUUAGACCAAAUCCCAGAGACAAAACGCAAUGAGGUCUUGAGCAGAACUGCUUUUCUGGUUGAGGAUUUCAGUGCAGAAGAAAUCAAUCUGGAUUGUACAAGUCCUCGUUACUUGGCUGCAGGUUCCUCCAAUGCUGUCAAGCUCAGCAGAUUCUUUGAUAAGGUUAUAGAGAAGAGAUACUACAUAAGAGAUGGUAACCAGAUUCCUAGCUUCUCAGAAAAAAAGAGAAUGGGAAGUGGCUUUGUAAAGAGUUUUCACUACGACUAAUCCUUUGCUGUGCCAUCUAUAGAGUGUGGAAAAAUGAAAUGAAUUGCCUUGCUUUGAAUUCUGGGGCUAAGCAAAAUCAGAUCCUCUCCCAAGUACAUGGACAGUACAAAUACUUGUGAAAAUGGACAGAACGGUGUCUUCCCAGAUGUCUUUAGAAAGGAGCUGCAAUUCACGAUGCCAGGAAUAUACUUGAGUACUGAGUAUCAAGCUUCGUUGUAGAGUAUGCUAUCUCAUAAAACAUUUUUGUUCAAUAUUAUUUAUUUGCUCUUAACAAAAUGACAGUGAUGCGUGGGAGGGUAGGAAAGAGAUUCUACAGGAGUUAUACUCUCAACAUUCCUGUUUAUUCCAGCAGAUGCUGUGUCAGUGAUAGCAAUCAGUGCUAAGGGACCUCUGACUGAAAAAUAUCUAUGAAUAAUAAUGAAUGGCUCAGAGAUGAAGGAAUAGUAUUGACAAAACAAGCUUGUGAAUAAAUCGUACUGUUCAGAACUUUAAAAAAAAACCAUGUAUGCCUAUUUAAUAGCAUAUUCUGUUUCUCAUACAAUUUUCUAAGUGCCAUCAAUUAUGUAGUCAAAAUGUACCAAGAGAAUUUGGGGAAGAAGGAAAACAAAACAGCCCAGUCAUCCUCAUCUUCAUAAUGUGAUUAUUCCUUUGGGCUUCUGCUCAGGGUAUUAUCACAAGUGCUAACAUCAAUUAUGGCUAUAUAAUGCUUCAAAUUCAAUUCCCAAAUUGUGCUUUGGAAUAGGUGAGUGCAGGACCUGUCUGCAUUCUUUACAGCAGCAGUAUCUUUUCCCUGGGUCACAUGGCAGGUGCUAAGGAAUAGACGCAAUUGCACCCAGCUCCUGUGGGCAGGCUCUGAUAGAACCUGAAGUGCUGCACACCCCUAAAAUAUACACAGACUUCCAGAUUCUUCCUAUCUGGAUGGCAACAUUUGAUUGUGCUAAAAUGCAGAGGAUACUACCAAAUAGGAACACAAAAUGUUUGUGGCCACUAAUGACUAUUAUAUGCAAGCAUACUGACACAGAAUAAAGAUUUUUUUAAAAGAUUGUCCAAUUUUCCCACUGAUGUGGAGGUCUGAAGAUGAGUAGCAGUGAUAACUUUCAUGUUAUUGGCAGCAGUAACAUGGUAGACUACAGCUGGGGUGGAUAGCUGAAACAGAUGCUGGGUUAAAUGACAGAUGUCACCAUCAUCUUAAUUUCUCCAGAAAGUCUCUUAAGAUGGAUGCUAGCCCUUUGUGAAAUACCCAUUUUGUGGAAAUUAAGGUAAUAGCUGAAACCAACUUGUCCAUUACUUCUAAUUAGAGCAUCGAGUUAUUAAUAAAAAGAGAAAAUAUAUACCGUAUUUUUCCGUCAAUAAGACACCCCCAUGUACAAGACCCCC